AGAGUAGCGAAACGAAAAGGAAGCGAGGGCCACAGGCUGCGCCGAGCGAGAGAGCACAAACAGCUGUGUGACGCUGUCGACAAGAUCCCCUGCUAGAGUGGGACCACUAAAGGUUUUCCAACAGUUUCUAUGCAGCGAAACAAUGCCGUACGCCAGUGAUAAACUCGAGAAAGGCUUCCUGAACCGGAACCGGCCCCGCAUUGCCAAAGAGGUGAAAGCAAUGGAAAUUAUGCAACACCUUUAUUGCCUGACCAUUAGUGACAAGGAGGAAGUGCAAGCGACAAAUAGAAUGGACGGCAAUAUUCAUGCAAUGCACAAGCUGCUGGAUAAUCUGGUGCGAAGGCAGAACUGGCCCGAUCAAUUCAUAGAGGCACUUGAGGUCUGUGACCACACCAUCCUCGCCCAGGAGAUGAGAGAUGCGUAUGACCUACUACAACCCAGUUAUAAGAAGCAAGAACCAACACCCCCAUCCCCUAGACCCGCUCCUGCAAUGCCAGCAGACUACCAGCCUCCCUCCCCUGCUUUGGUGACACCUGCAUCUGCGCCAGCUCCUGUGCACUCACCCCCACAAGCAGCCGAAUGUGUCCCUCCUCCAAGGUUUUCUCCCCCUCCAAGCAACAGUAUAGUAUUUCCCAUUCCUACUGUGGCAGCUCCACAGCCUCCCAUCCACCCCGGCACCACCACCACACAACCAGCUCUCCAACCCAACACAGCACCCUACCCUGCAGCUUCCUCAAGCCCAGCACCAGCAGUGAUGAUACCAGAGGCAAGCCCAUCUGCUGCGGUCCAUGCGACGACGGGGCCACCAGUAGAUGGAGCACAGAGGCCAGAGAUGAGUUCUGUUGCCCCAGGGUCAGGCACCACCACCUCCCUUGGUUCCAUGAGAAAUGUCCAUCCUGCAGAGGUCUCGUACACCUCCGGGUCAGCAGAGGCAGGGGCUGGGGCUGGGGCUGGGCCAGGGGCUGGAACAUGGCUGGGUCCACGUAGUCCGUUCUUUAACCAGACGCCUUCAGAGUCUCUGCUGUCAGCUAGAGCUCCCGUCCAGGAGACAGUCCCACCCAGUGUCAAAGAGGCGACACUGCAGCUGGAACCAGAGGAGACCUCGGAGGAGUCCAUGCAGCAGGACAGUGAAGUCCAUCUUCCACCUGAAAGGCAAACGACCACCACACCACCUCCUAUACCGGUUGCUGCUACUGCUGCUCCUGCUCCUGCUCCUGCUCCUGCUACUGCUCCUGCUCCUGCUGUGGUUCCAUUUGCUGCUGCAGCACCUCGACGGCCUUCACCUCCCCCGCUGGAGAACGACAUGGAGGAGGAGUUCUUCAGCAAGCCUGGAGUUCUCAGAAGCGUAGUGGAGGUGCCUGCUGCCCAACAACAGCCUUCUACCAUGAACCACGAAGAGUCUGACAUUUGUUCUACGUCUUCUGAUGACCUUGAAAUCAGUAGAGCUGCUCCAAACUCCACUUGUGCUGGGCCUGCCACCACUAGAACGCCAUCUCUGUCCAACAAAAGCCCUCAGGCAGCAGCAGCCACACCUUGGUCCUCAGUCAAGGCUGCUGGUCCAUGCCCUGAAGUGGGCUUGCAAGGGGCUUCAGUAUCCAAUCCUGCUGAGGCUGAUGUUUGUUCUAUGUCUUCCGAUGACCUUGAAGUCAGUAGAGCUGCCUCAAACGCCAAUCACGGUGGGCCUGUCGCUACCAGAAUGCCAUCUCUGGCCAACAACGGCCCUCAGGAAGCAGCAGCAGCCACAUCUUGGUCCUCAGUCAAGGCUGCUGGUCCAUGCCCUGAAGUGGGCUUGCAAGGGGCUCCAGUAUCCAGUCCUGCUGAGGUUCACCACCACCAAAGGGAAUCUGUGAAUAUCAGUCACAGCUCCAGCCUGCCCUAUGGUGUCUUAGAUGAGGGAGGGUUCUCUUCGCAUCGCAUCCCCACAGAGGAACACUAUGAGGAUGCUGACCAAAGCACCAUGGAACAUGUGAUCCAUGUUCAACAGGAGCCGUCCAUUCAGAAUUGGGCUGGUCAGACACCGAGAGUGUCACGAAACGACGAAGCAGCUGUGACGCAGAAGACUUCCGCUGAGUGCCAUAGCCCUGAACCAUCGAGAGAUCUGAGACACACAGACAAUUUUGACAGUAGCAAAAAGACUGCUGUCAGCACUGAGGGGAAAGGGAAGUCAUCACAUGCGGAAGAGAACAGAGGCACGGGAGGAGAAGAAGUAGAAAGAAAUGAAAAAAAUGAGCAGAAGGAAGUGACCUCAGCAGUUCUUCCUCGGACCCCUCGAAAUGGUCCUCUUAUUCCAGCAGCCGUCACUGUCAUUGGGGUCAUCGUUGUUGCUGUGAUCUUUGUCUGGAAGACGCGCAGAUGAACACUUUGAUUGCAGCAGCCGAGCCUUGGAAAUACGGUUUCUGUGACAAAUCACAUUUUAUUCUUCUAUUCUAUCUUCCACAGAUUGAUUCAUUAGCCACAGAGAGGCUUUAAAUCUUAUCCAUCUGUGUUCAAACUAAUCUCAGGCUUAACUCUUCUGUCUUGUUGCUUCUCAGUGGUGGGGGAACAAAAUCAGUGAAAUGCUGUCAGUGCAUCUGCAUCUGUUUGCAAGAUUGUCUUCUUGUAAACAUACAUCCUCUGGCAGUGAUGGACUGAAUGGAUUCAUCAGUUACAAUGUAGUUCCACAUAUUCCAAAUUACUUUUUUUACCUGUCCAAUUUAGUCAGGAGGCUGGUUGAAUGAUUACCUGGUUGAACUUGACAGGUAAAAGCCCAGAAAGCUGUGAAAGCCCACCUGGGAAACUCCAACUCCCAUUGUCAUUGUGACACAGCACUCCACAGCACACACAGCACACAAGUGUUCUCUGCACACAAUGAAAUGGCAUGUAUGCUUCACCCGUGCAAGGGGCAGCCCCCUGCUCAGGGUACCUCAGUCAUGGAGGAGGAUGGGGGAGAGCACUGGUUAAUUACUCCCCCCUCCAACCUGGCAGGUCGGGAGUCGAACCAGCAACAUUUGGGCUACAAGUCUGAAGCCCUAACCGCUUACCCAUGACUGCCCUGUUAAAACAAGGUCAUUUGGAAUAUGUGGCACUAGAUUGUAAAUUAAUUAAUCCAUUGUGCUCAUCGCUGCUCUCCAGACAGCUUUAACUUGCAUCCUCUGUGCACCUGUUCAAAAGAGUAUCAUGCACUUGCACUCUGCUGAAUCCAGGGAACUCUGCACUAAGUUGGAAUGGAAUGGGGAGGUGUGUGUGUGUGUGUGUGUGUGUGUG